AUGGCGAAGCAGAAGGCGCCCAAGUCGCGCGCCGCGGCGAAGGACGCUGCUAAGAAGAUGAGAUCGUCGCCCAACACGCGCACGGCCACGUACUUCAACGCCAACGGUUUUCCCAACAUUAGCCAAACCACCGUCUCGCGCAUGGUCCGCGACGAAGCCCGAUGGCGCACUAUGGCUGAGAAGACUGUCUGUCUCGAGGUUGUUCGCGAACGUCCCGUGCGCUACGUCGACGACGAAGAUGCCUGA